AUGGCAGCGAGGAAAAGGAAGUUUUCCGAAGAUUACGUUAAGUUUGGAUUUACCGUCAUAGAAAAAGACGAGUUACAAUUGCCUCAGUGUGUAAUAUCUAUGAAUGUUUUGAGUAAUGAUAAAAUGAGGCCCAAACGCCUUGGAAGGCAUUUGAAGCAACAACAUCCGACUCUGGUUUUGAAGACGAAAGAGUUUUUUUCUUCUAGAGCAGAAUCACCCAAGCGGCUGAGACUGGAUAAAUCGGGAAGUUAUCCCACAGGUGUACCGCAGCAUCUCAAAGCUUCAUUUCAAAUAGCUUUUAGAAACCUCAUACUAUCGAUCAAGAAUUAA